CAAACGAAAGCAUUUUCGGGCGGGCAGUAUCGAAAGAGUGAAGCAAGUGGAUUAACCUCACCGACAGGCAGCAAAAAAACAAAUAAAAGAAACUAAAAUGAAAUUUCUGAGCAUUCUGGUGGCUCUGUGCCUGCUGCUGGCGCUGGCCUUUGCACCCACACAGGCGGACGAUGCAUCCCCCGAAAAGGAACCCAAAACUGUGAGCAAGUUUUGUCCCUGUCCCCGGAACUACGAUCCGGUGUGUGCCUCCAAUCUGGUCACCUAUCCCAAUCGCUGCGAAUACAAUUGUGUGCGUCGUGAGGCGGAACGUCAAGGCCGCAAUCUGGGACUCCUGCGCUCGGGCCAGUGCUGAGCAGAAAGCAAAAUUUUUAAUAUAAAACAAACGGAAAAAUAAAGGAUAUGCUGACGUGUA